AGUUGAAAAGGAAACCAGCCUUAUUACAAUACAGAAAUGUACGAGUUUCCCGCAUGUUCUCCAUCACAUAAAAAGAAAGAUGGCAGCCAAAGGUGGAAGCACGCUUCAGUUUGUUCAGAUCGAUGGAUUGGUGGUGUUGAAGAUUAUUAAACACUGUCAGGAGGAGGGCGCUGGUGGCACAGACCUGGUACAGGGCGUUUUACUUGGGCUGGUUGUUGACAAUAGGCUGGAGAUCACUAAUUGCUUUCCCUUUCCCAAGCAUACUGAAGAGGAAGAGUUUGAUGAAGUGCGAUACCAAGUGGACAUGAUGAGAAAUUUGAGACAUGUAAAUAUAGACCAUUUACAUGUAGGUUGGUACCAGAGCACAUAUUUUGGAUCCUUCAUCAAUAGGGCCUUGUUGGACUCACAGUUUAACUAUCAGAGUUCUAUAGAAGAGUCAGUUGUAUUAAUAUACGACCCACUGAAGACUACACAGGGCUUUUUGUCUCUGAAAGCUUAUAGACUUACUCCAAUGAUGAUGAACUUUUACCGUGAGGCAGAUUUCUCUCCUGAAACAGUGCGAAAGAUGAAGCUGAGUUUUGAGAAGAUGUUUGAGGAGAUACCAGUUUUUAUUCGUAACUCCCAUCUGACAAAUACACUGCUUUGUGAAAUGGAAGAACUAACAACAACCCCGCAGUCAGACCAAUUCCUUGACCUGGCCACAAGUUCUGUAUUGGAGAAGAAUGUGAGGCAGCUGAUGGAGUGUGUUGACGACAUUACACAGGAUUGUAACAAGUUCUUUAAUUAUCAACGACAGCACCUAAAACAACAGUCUGCUAAACAGCAGUACCAACAAAGACGGCAACAAGAGAACCAGUUAAGGAUAUCUAGAGGUGAAGCGCCACUUCCUGAUGAAGACAUCAAUAAAAUCUUCAAGCCUUUACAACCCCCUCCACGGCUGGACAGCCUCCUCAUCGCUGGACAAAUCGACAACUACUGUCAGCAAAUCUCGGAGUUCUCUGCUCAGAGCUUUGGCAAACUUUUCAUGUCAGAAAGUUUGCAGAAUGCCGAGAAGACUAGUAAAUCCUAACAACAUUAAUAUUAUUUAUGAUCAGAAAAAGUUACAAGGAAAAUCACACCUGGCAUGUGCUUUGAAGUUUUGCCUUCGUUAGGGUGGAUGACAAAGAUAAGAUUUUUCUCCAUUGUAUUGUAUGGAAAUUGGCCAGGUGUGAUACAAAGACGAGAAAAACAACGCAUGUAAAACUUCAGAGAAAUGUAUUCGUGUUCUUUUCCAUCUUAGAAAGUGCAGCAAAAUUCUCAAAAAAUUAAAUGUACAGGUAUCUUGAAAUGCAUGUUGAUUGAAAGAUCAUAAUAAAGAAGAAAAAAAAGUGAAA